GAGCCCUGCUGCCUGGCAGGGACCUCGGCGUCCCCAGAGACCAUGCAGAGGUCGCCUCUGGAAAAGGCCAGCGUCGUCUCCAAACUUUUUUUCAGCUGGACUAGACCAAUUUUGAAGAAAGGGUACAGACAGCGACUGGAGUUGUCAGACAUAUACCAAAUCCCUUCAGCUGAUUCUGCUGACAAUCUCUCUGAAAUAUUAGAAAGAGAAUGGGACAGAGAGCUGGCAUCAAAGAAAAAUCCCAAACUCAUUAAUGCCCUUCGGAGAUGCUUUUUCUGGAGAUUUAUGUUCUAUGGAAUCCUAUUAUAUUUAGGGGAAGUCACUAAAGCUGUCCAGCCUCUCUUACUGGGAAGAAUCAUAGCCUCCUAUGAUCCAGAUAACAAGGUGGAACGCUCCAUUGCGAUUUACCUAGGCAUAGGAUUAUGCCUUCUCUUUAUCCUGAGGACACUGCUCCUGCACCCAGCCAUUUUUGGCCUUCAUCACAUUGGAAUGCAAAUGAGGAUAGCUAUGUUUAGUUUGAUUUAUAAGAAGACUUUAAAGCUGUCAAGCCGUGUUCUAGAUAAAAUCAGUAUUGGACAACUUGUUAGUCUUCUUUCCAACAACCUGAACAAAUUUGAUGAAGGACUUGCAUUGGCACACUUUGUGUGGAUUGCUCCUUUACAAGUGACACUUCUGAUGGGGCUGCUCUGGGAAUUGCUACAGGCCUCUGCCUUCUGUGGACUUGCCGUACUCAUAGUCCUCGCCCUUUUUCAAGCUGGGUUAGGGAGAAUGAUGAUGAAGUACAGAGAUCAGAGAGCUGGGAAAAUCAAUGAAAGACUUGUGAUCACCUCAGAAAUGAUUGAAAAUAUCCAGUCUGUUAAGGCAUACUGCUGGGAGGAAGCAAUGGAAAAAAUGAUUGAAAAUCUAAGGAAAACAGAACUAAAACUGACCCAGAAGGCAGCCUAUGUGAGAUACUUGAAUAGCUCAGCCUUCUUCUUCUCAGGGUUCUUUGUGGUGGUGUUUUCUGUGCUUCCUUAUGCAUUGAACAAAGGAAUUAUCCUUCGAAAAAUAUUCACGACCAUCUCAUUCUCCAUCGUUCUGCGCAUGGCAGUCACUCGGCAGUUCCCCUGGGCUGUACAAACAUGGUAUGAUGCUAUUGGAGCAAUAAACAAAAUACAGGAUUUCUUACAAAAGCAAGAGUUUAAGACAUUGGAAUAUAACUUAACAACUACAGAAGUAGUGAUGGAGAAUGUAACAGCUUCCUGGGAUGAGGGAUUUGGGGAAUUAGUUGAGAAUGCAAAACAAAAUAAUACAAAUAGAAAUAUUUCCAGUGGUGAUAACAGUCUCUUCUUCAGCAACUUCUCACUUCUUGGUACUCCCGUCCUGAAAGAUAUCAAUUUCCAGAUAGAAAGAGGACAGUUGUUGGCGAUUGCUGGAUCUACUGGAUCAGGCAAGACCUCACUUCUAAUGAUGCUUAUGGGAGAACUGGAGCCUUCUGAGGGUAAAAUUAAGCACAGUGGAAGAAUUUCAUUCUGCUCUCAGUUUUCAUGGAUCAUGCCUGGUACCAUUAAAGAAAACAUUAUCUUUGGUGUUUGCUACGAUGAGUAUAGAUAUAGGAGUGUUAUCAAAGCAUGCCAACUAGAAGAGGACAUUUCCAAGUUUGCAGAGAAAGACAAUGUAGUUCUUGGAGAAGGUGGACUCACACUGAGUGGAGGGCAGCGAGCAAGAAUUUGUUUAGCAAGAGCAGUAUACAAAGAUGCUGAUUUGUACCUAUUAGACUCUCCUUUUGGAUACCUAGAUGUUUUAACAGAAAAACAAAUAUUUGAAAGCUGCGUCUGUAAAUUGAUGGCUAACAAAACUAGGAUUUUGGUCACUUCUAAGAUGGAGCAUUUAAAGAAAGCUGACAAAAUAUUAAUUUUACAUGAAGGUAGCAGCUAUUUUUAUGGGACAUUUUCAGAACUACAAAAUCUACGCCCUGACUUCAACUCAAAGAUCAUGGGAUAUGAGUCUUUUGACCAGUUUAAUGCAGAAAGAAGAAAUUCAAUCAUAACUGAGACUUUGCGUCGUUUCUCAUUAGAAGGAGAUGCUGCCAUCCCCUGGAAUGAAACAAAAAAACAAUCUUUUAAACAGACUGGAGAGUUUGGUGAAAAGAGGAAGAACUCUAUUCUCAAUCCAAUCAAUUCUGUAAAAAAAUUUUCAAUCGUACAAAAGUCUCCAUUACAAAUGAAUGGCAUUGAAGAAGAUUCAGAGGAGCCUUCUGAGAGAAAGCUCUCCUUAGUUCCAGAUUCUGAGCAGGGAGAGGCUAUCCUGCCUCGAAGCAAUGUGAUUAACACUGGUCCCACAUUUCAGAGACGAAGGAGGCAAUCUGUUCUGAACCUGAUGACACACUCUUCAGUGAACCAAUGUCAAAUCAUUCACCAAAAGACAGCAGCAUCAACAGGAAAAAUGUCCCUGGCCUCUCAGGGAGACUUAGCUGAAAUGGAUAUAUAUUCAAGACGUUUAUCUCAAGGUAGUGGUUUGGAAAUAAGUGAAGAAAUUAGUGAAGAAGAUUUAAAGGAGUGCUUUUUUGAUGACACAGAGAGCAUACCAGCAGUGACUACAUGGAACACAUACCUUAGAUAUAUUACUGUCCACAAGAGCUUAAUUUUUGUGCUGAUUUGGUGUUUAGUUAUUUUUCUCAUUGAGGUGGCUGUUUCUUUGGUUGUGUUGUGGCUACUUAAACAAAGACCUCUUCAAGACAAAGGAAAUAGUACUGGAAGUACAAAUAACAGCUAUGCAUUGAUCAUCACCAGCACCAGCCACUUUUAUGUUUUUUACAUUUAUGUGGGAGUAGCUGACACUUUGCUUGCUCUGGGAUUCGUCCGAGGUUUACCACUGGUGCAUUCUCUAAUCACAGUGUCAAAAAUUUUACACCACAAAAUGUUACAUUCUAUUCUUCAUGCAUCUAUGUCAACUCUCAACAUGUUAAAAACAGGUGAGAUUCUUAAUAGAUUUUCCAAAGAUACAGCAAUUUUGGAUGAUCUCCUGCCUCUUACCAUAUUUGACUUCAUUCAGUUGGUAUUAGUUGUGAUUGGAGCCAUAGCAGUGGUCUCAGUUCUACAGCCCUACAUUUUCCUAGCAACCGUGCCAGUGAUCACUGCUUUUAUUAUAUUGAGAGCCUACUUCCUCCCCACCUCCCAGCAACUCAAACAACUGGAAUCUGAAGGCAGGAGUCCAAUAUUCACUCAUCUGGUUACAAGCUUAAAAGGACUAUGGACACUUCGUGCCUUUGGACGUCAGCCUUACUUUGAAACACUGUUCCACAAAGCUCUGAAUUUACAUACUGCCAACUGGUUCUUGUACUUAUCAACACUGCGCUGGUUCCAAAUGAGAAUAGAAAUGAUUUUUGUCAUCUUCUUCAUUGCUGUUACCUUCAUUUCCAUUUUAACAACAGGUGAAGGAGAAGGAAGAGUAGGUAUCAUCCUAACAUUAGCCAUGAAUAUCAUGAGUACUUUGCAAUGGGCUAUGAACUCCAGCAUAGAUGUGGAUAGUUUGAUGCGAUCUGUGAGCCGCGUCUUUAAGUUUAUAGACAUGCCAACAGAAGAAAGUAAAUCUACUAAGUUGAUUAAACCUUCCAAGGAUGACCAGAUCUCGAAAGUUAUGAUUAUUGAGAAUCAGCAUGUGAAGAAAGAUGACUUCUGGCCCUUUGGGGGCCAAAUGACCGUCAAAAACCUCACAGCAAAAUACACAGACAGUGGGAAUGCCAUAUUAGAGAACAUUUCCUUCUCAAUAAGUCCUGGCCAGAGGGUGGGCCUCUUCGGAAGAACUGGAUCAGGGAAGAGUACUUUGUUAUCAGCUCUUUUGAGACUGCUGAACACUGAAGGAGAAAUUCAAAUUGAUGGUGUGUCUUGGGAUUCAGUAACUUUGCAGCAAUGGAGGAAAGCCUUUGGAGUUAUACCACAGAAAGUAUUUAUCUUCUCUGGAACAUUUAGAAAAAAUUUGGAUCCCUAUGAACAGUGGAAUGAUGAAGAAAUAUGGAAAGUUGCAGAUGAGGUUGGACUCAGAUCUGUGAUAGAGCAAUUUCCUGGGAAGCUUGAUUUUGUCCUGUUGGAUGGGGGUUUUGUCCUAAGCCAUGGCCACAAGCAGUUGAUGUGCUUGGCCAGAUCUGUUCUCAGUAAGGCAAAGAUCUUGCUGCUUGAUGAACCCAGUGCCCAUUUGGAUCCGAUAACAUAUCAAAUCAUUCGAAGAACCCUAAAACAAGCAUUUGCUGAUUGCACAGUGAUCCUCUCUGAACACAGGAUAGAGGCAAUGUUGGAAUGUCAACAGUUUUUGGUCAUAGAAGAGAACACAGUGCGGCAGUAUGAUUCCCUCCAGAAACUGCUGAGCGAGAAGAUCCUCUUCCAGCAAGCCAUGAGUCCACUGGACCGCCUGAAGCUCUUACCCCAUCAGAACUCAAGCAAGCACAAGUCUCUAUCCAAAAUCACUGCUCUGAAGGAAGAGACAGAAGAAGAAGUACAAGAAACCAGGCUUUAGAAAACAGUAUGAAUAUUUGCAUGCAAUGCUCACUAAUGGAGUUGUAGGAGAAAACAGUUUAUGCCUCAGAAAACAAGGAUAAAUAAUGUUAUUUUUCAAAAGAAAACAUCUUGGUAAGAGGAAUUAAGGAUG